UGAAUAUUGGGGAUCAGGUCUGUUGAAGGGUGUCUGUGGGAGAGUGGGGCACCCAGAUCCCGAGAUGGCGGGUAGGGUCCUUGAUGCCUGGGUGGUUCAUGGACUGUCAGGCAUCUAAGUCUCCAAUUUUUAUGGAAACAUUUAGAAGGUACCAGGCAUAGAGGAAUUAUCCAGGCAAUUCCUUUGAAGUCUGCCAGCGUGCCAUGCCAGCGUAAUAAUUGUCUGGCCAUCGGAAAAUCUGCCCCACUAAAACAUAGAAACGAGGAGCAGGAGCUUCCAAGAGAUGGAGGAACACCAUUGGGUUGAAGCAUUAUUUCCUCCACGUUUCAAUAUGCAAGAUCUUAUUGGGGUGGGUGUUAUUUCGGAGCCAGUACUGCUUUCUGAAAACUUUGCUGUCAGGAGAGUCAAAAGAAUUAAAAACAUUUACCAGCAGAACAUUGAGAAUUUCCAACAAGAACAGAAACUUAAAAGAAAAGCCUACUUUUCGGGACAGACUGUAUCAGCAGCAAAUACUCAAACUCCCAUUGAAGACCUGAAAUUACAGAUGUACGGAAACCGUCAUGCUGGGAUGGUUAAAUCAGAAAAAUCAGAUGGAAGUACUGAGAAUAUAAUUGAUGGAAUGGAAGAGCAGUGCGUGUGGAACACUGAGGAACUAACCGCAUUACAUGAAAUGAAGUGUAGAAAAGACAUCAAGCAACAACAUUUACAAGCACAGCUGGCACUUGCGCAUUUUCAGGCAGAAGAGCUGAAGACAAGGAACAAGAAACUAAAGGUGUGCCUGGAAAUCAAAGAAGCUGAACUUCAUAAGACUAAACUAGAUUUACAGAACAAUGCCUUGUACCUAGGACACACCAUGCAAGAAAGCAUCAAAAAAGAUUUGCAAAUUCGGGGCCUUAAAGGAGAAUUACAAGAAAAGAUGGUGACCAUGCAUAACCUGAGCUCUCAGUUGCAACGGAACAGGCUGGAAACACAGGAUCUGCGCCUGGAAAAGCAGAAACUCAUUUCCAGUUGGAAACAGCUAGAACAGGAGCAUCAGUUGGAAAAGGUCCAUCUGCUGGAAAGGUGGAGAGAAAAAUCAAGCUUACAACUGAAGAAACGACAAACUGAAUUGGACACAGUAAAGACUGAACUGAAAAAGGAGAAAUGUCAACAUGCUCAAAAUAAGCAAGCUCUGGAAUUGUUACGCAAGCAUUGUUCUAGUUUACCAUCGUUGGACCUAGCUGAAGAUUUUAAAGUUACUUUUUGAAUAAGUGACAUGAAUCUGUUAUUUUGUACCAGCCUAGAGUCAACCAGGUGAUAAUUGGAGUUUUGUUUUGUUGUUUUUGAUUUUACAUGUCACCUAAAUUAAAUUUAACACUUGCAGUUACCAAAUAUAAACUAAAAUCUAACUUUUGAAGAGAUCUUCAAUCAGUUCCUGCAUCAAAUAAUUAUUGCCAUUUAAUCAUUGAAUGUUACAGGACAAAACAAGGGCAGUUGGUCUAUCAAGUCUACACCAAAAUAGAAACCCAAUGUUGUAUAAAACAUCUAACUAGAAAUUUACAAAUUAAUUUUGUGGAGCAGAAAAUGAAAUUAUUCCAUGUUGUACCUGAAUUCUCUUAUUGUUUAGUUACACAUUAAAUAUCCAAUUAUUUCAA